CCGCUCAGGCGGCACAACUGCGUCACAAGAUGUUAGAGAGAGAACCAUUCCUCCCUCCUGCUGAUAACAGCAAGGUGGGAGACUAGUGUGUGUAUAUAUAUGUAUAUAUAUCGCGAAGAGACACCUGGUGAAGCUCUCACUCACAACAACACGUAACACGGUAACUCAGUAAUUAUUAUUCUCAAAUUUUUAUAAUCAAGACCAAGCGCUAAAGCCACAAGAGCAUCCCAAUUAAAAGUGGAAUAAAAUCGAGUGAGCAUCAUCAUAAAACAAGUUAAUUUCAACAUGAAGGCUAUGAUAUUACUUGCUGGGAUCCUCUUAUUUGCUGGUGGACAAGGCUGCGACGUUGGUUGGGUGCAAAUCCAGGAAUCAUGUUUCAUGUUCCACAUGAAUGUUAUGCUGUCGUGGCAAGACGCACGCGCCUUUUGUCAAGACUCUGAAAGUGACCUGGCCAAGGUUGUUGAUGGUGACACACACAGAGGUGUCUAUGUGUACAUCCAUACUUACGGACUGAGUGGCUCUUUCUGGCUGGGUGCAUCAGACACGGCAUCGGAAGGUGACUGGGUGUGGGUGACUGACGACACCAGAGUGGAGAAAGGAACCCCAUACUGGGCCCUCGGGUACAAUAUCUUCGGGUUUAACCAAGAGCCAACUGGCGGCCCAGAUGAGAACUGUCUGGCCUUGGACGAGGAGAGAAAGUACUUCUUCAACGACGCCUCUUGUAACCUCACCUACCAUCCCAUAUGUAUGAAGUAAAUGGUAUUGGUUGUGACACACUCUUUAUACAGAUUUAACAUUCUUUAUUAUGACGUAACGUUUAUGAUACAACUAUCUUGAUGUAACAACUAUCUUGAUGUAACAACUAUCUUGAUGUAACAACUAUCUCGAUGUAACAACUAUCUUGAUGUAACAACUAUCUUGAUGUAACAACUAUCUUGAUGUAACAACUAUCUUGAUGUAACAACUAUCUUGAUGUAACAACUAUCUUGAUGUAACAACUAUCUUGAUGUAACAACUAUCUUGAUGUAACAACUAUCUUGAUGUAACAACUAUCUUGAUGUAACAACUAUCUUGAUGAAACAACUAUCUCGAUGUAACAACUAUCUUGAUGAAACAACUAUCUUGAUGUAACAACUAUCUUGAUGCAACAACUAUCUUGAUGUAACAACUAUCUUGAUGUAACAACUAUCUUGAUGCAACAACUAUCUUGAUGUAACAACUAUCUUGAAGUAACAACUAUCUUGAUGCAACAACUAUCUUGAUGUAAGAACUAUCUUGAUGCAACAACUAUCUUGAUGUAACAACUAUCUUGAUGCAACAACUAUCUUGAUGUACAACCAUCUUGAUGUAACAACCAUCUUGAUGUAACAACUAUCUUGAUGUAACAACUAUCUUG